UGUGGAGCUUCCAGGGGGAGAGAACCCGAGUGUGUGCGCGUGUGCGUGUGUGAGCGCGAGCGAGCGAGAGGAGAGAGAGAGAGAGAGAGAGAGAGAGAGAGAAAGAAUAAAAGGAAAGAAGAUUUUCUCUAUGUAUAUAAAGAUGGCCACGUUAGCAAACGGACAGGCUGACAACGCGAGCCUCAGUACCAACGUGCUCGGCAGCAGCCCGGGCAGCGCCGGGCACAUGAACGGAUUAAGCCACAGCCCGGGGAACCCGUCGACCAUUCCCAUGAAGGACCACGAUGCCAUCAAGCUGUUCAUUGGGCAGAUCCCCCGCAACCUGGAUGAAAAAGACCUCAAGCCCCUCUUCGAGGAGUUCGGCAAGAUCUACGAGCUGACGGUUCUGAAGGACCGCUUCACAGGCAUGCACAAAGGCUGCGCUUUCCUCACCUACUGCGAGCGUGAGUCAGCGCUGAAGGCCCAGAGCGCGCUGCACGAACAGAAGACCCUGCCCGGGAUGAACCGGCCAAUCCAGGUGAAGCCAGCGGACAGCGAGAGCCGAGGAGGUAGUAGCUGCCUGCGCCAGCCCCCUUCACAAGAUAGAAAACUCUUCGUGGGCAUGCUCAACAAGCAGCAGUCGGAGGACGAUGUGCGCCGCCUCUUCGAGGCCUUUGGCAACAUCGAGGAGUGCACCAUCCUCCGUGGGCCCGACGGCAAUAGCAAGGGGUGCGCCUUCGUGAAGUACUCCUCCCACGCCGAGGCGCAGGCCGCCAUCAACGCGCUGCACGGCAGCCAGACCAUGCCGGGAGCGUCCUCCAGUCUGGUGGUCAAGUUCGCCGACACUGACAAGGAGCGCACGAUGCGACGAAUGCAGCAGAUGGCCGGCCAGAUGGGCAUGUUCAACCCCAUGGCCAUUCCGUUUGGGGCCUACGGAGCCUAUGCGCAGGCACUGAUGCAGCAGCAAGCGGCACUGAUGGCGUCCGUCGCGCAGGGAGGCUACCUGAACCCCAUGGCUGCCUUUGCCGCCGCCCAGAUGCAGCAGAUGGCGGCCCUGAACAUGAACGGCCUGGCAGCCGCACCCAUGACCCCAACCUCAGGUGGCAGCACCCCUCCGGGCAUAACUGCACCAGCCGUGCCUAGCAUCCCAUCUCCCAUUGGAGUGAAUGGCUUCACCGGCCUCCCCCCACAGGCCAAUGGACAACCUGCUGCGGAAGCUGUGUUUGCCAAUGGCAUCCACCCCUACCCAGUAUUCGCCGAGCACUUGCUAGGAGCGGGCACUGUGCCGGGGGAACCAUCACUGCCUGCAGACACAGCAGAGGCAUCAGGAGUGAACUUGGUCUUGGGUCUUUUCAAUCUCUCACAGAGCCCCACCGCCGCGGACCCCCUGCAGCAGGCCUACGCUGGAGUGCAGCAGUAUGCAGGUCCAGCUGCCUACCCUGCUGCCUACGGGCAGAUCAGCCAGGCCUUUCCUCAGCCACCUCCAAUGAUACCCCAGCAACAGAGAGAAGGGCCCGAGGGCUGUAACCUGUUCAUCUACCAUCUGCCCCAGGAGUUUGGGGACGCUGAGCUGAUGCAGAUGUUCCUCCCUUUCGGCCGGCACCCUGUGCCCUCCCGCUGCCAGGCCCCCUCCUGUCAGGGAGGACAGUGUCCAAUAAACUCCUCCACCCGCAGGCUUCGUGAGCUUCGACAACCCGGCCAGCGCGCAGACCGCCAUCCAGGCCAUGAACGGCUUCCAGAUCGGCAUGAAGAGGCUCAAGGUGCAGCUGAAGCGGCCCAAAGACGCCAAUCGCCCGUACUGAGCGCCGGCGGGAGCGUCUCCCGAGGGAGACCAGGACUCGCGCAGGGCAGGAUGCUGAACGGGCUACAUUAAAAAAAAAAAAAAAAACCUCUCUCUCUCUGUAUUUAUAAAUGAGAAUUGUUGGAUGACACCUUUGACAUAUCAGCCAGUACCACGCAAGCUGAAGGAAGACUCCAGACACUCUCUGUGACUGUAACAUUUCUUCAAGGAAAGUCUAGCGUUUAUGGAGUUCAGAGGGCACGUGUUUGGGGAAUACAAACAAAAUUACACGACAUAAAGAAGAUGAUGAAAAAAAACGAGAAGAAAAAAAAUCACACACAUAUAAAAGGCAACUUUACAACAACAAAAAAGACAACUUAAGACCAGCUGGGGAGGCUGAAGGGCUGGGAGCUGGGAAGAGACCCGCUGCUUACCGCUCCGGAUCCCGGGGCUUUCAGCCCUCGGGCGCCUGAGGCAGGCUGGGGCCAGCAGUGUGGUAGGGCCUGGUCCCCAGGGGCGGCUGGGAGGCCGCCAAGGAGCAUCUUAUCUGUCAUUCCUUUAGCUAUUUAGGGACCAAAGGACCAAACUUUUUAUUGCAAAUGUGUAUGUAGCUCUAUGUCACAUAGAGGGAAGGGAGAAUCACCUUCUUUCCUGCCUCAUGGCUGUUCUCAGAACAGCUUAGAGCAAUUCUAUGAAAAUAUAUAUAUAUUAAAAAAAAAGGAAAAAAAAAACAAAAAAAACAAAAAAAAACAAAAAAGAAUGCUUCAAUGCUUUUAAAACAUCAAGAUAAUAGUUCUUUGAUACUUUGAGAGGCGCUUUGAUUACCCUCAUUCAAGUCUAAGACACUUUCCUAUGGUUUUCUGUAUUCUGUUGUCUGGAUGGAGCUGUUGGAUGAACAAAUCAGUGGAUAUUUGGGGAAAGCAACAAAAACAUCACAACCCAUUAACCACGAAGAGUGAGAAAACUAGGAGGGGAGAAACAACAACAAUAAAAGGACUCACAAGGCAAGAUUGUGAACAGUCUGUAAAUGCUUCUAACUCUUACCCCUCUUAAAAUCAUAAUAGUUGUACAGAAUUAAAAAAAAAAGGAAAAGUUUAAAAUACCUAUAUCAUAGAAGAAAAAUUAGAGGAAAGCAAAACAUAAAAAAAUAAAAAUAAAAAAGGAAAAAAAAAACUAUAGAAGUUAGCGUAAGUGCUAAAAAUCCCAGAUGUUGUAGGACUGUACUUUUGUAGAAUUUAGACUGAGCAUCAAAUUCCUUCUCCCCGCGAGUGCUGU